GUUAAAGGGCUCAUUCAUGGAUGGAGCAUCAAUUCGGAAAUCGACCGGCGUGACAUUAGACCCUUGCAGCUGACCCGCCUUCUUCUUACCCAUGUUUGUGGGAUCCGAGCUUCGCGUGCUGCUGGUCUGCAGCUGGUGAGGCGGCUGAAACCGCUGUUGCAAACUCGUCUUACGUCCCUAGCAGGUCCCUCACCAGUACGAGGACUUCUAUCUGGCCCAGCCGACAACUAGGCGCGAUCGGUGAUGUUCAUGACUAGGCUCGGUUCAGGUUGCCUCUCCGCCAGUGAACGCCUUGUGCUAUGAUCUCCCCAGCCAGUCACCCUCGGCUGCCACACCUAUGUCGCAAAGAUGAAGCAGGAUCAAAAUAGCCACUUGAGCAGAAGGCCACGCAGACCGUCAAUCACUCAGCAAAUUCAGCGGGCAAUCGGCUUUGACAAGCAAACACAUCUCCAGGACAAGCAAGGCCAAAGUCCAAAGGCUACUUCCCAGACAACAAGACCCGGGCCGGAAAAAGCAGCCACCCAGCGACCAAAUUCGAAUUCUUCAAGCAGUAGGGGGCAUUCCCAAAUAAGCACAGAGGAGGGUCAAGAUGGAGAUCCGAGGCAGUCAAUCGGAAACGUUGGGGUUAAGAGACUAUCAGCAUCGCUGCUUAACGGGUAUCUAUCAAAAAGGACGGGAGCCUCUUUGGAAGGCGAUGUUGCGGUAACACUUAAUAACAAGCCCCCAGCGAAAAGACAGAUUGACGCUCCCAGGAACAAAGAGACCCGGGCUACGAAGCGUUUGGAAGCAGAUCGGGCAGAGCUCGAGAAACAGCUCCUCAGGCUCGAACAGGCCGAAGAAUCCAGAACAUCGCGGCUGUUGAAAAGGGAAACCCGUCGUCUUUCCAAAAAACAACCUCUGGACAGGUGGAGCAGGGCGUCCAGUGCGAGUGCAGAUGAUUUCGGGUCCUCGACUAGGCUUUCUUCCAUUUUCUCCAUCUCAAGGCGCUCAUCGCGGUCUCGACCGAGCUCAGCGCACGAAGCCGACCAAAGACUAUGGGAUCGGACGGUGUUGAAAGCACCCGAGCGUUUCAGCAUUGCGCUAUCGAAAGAGCUCACUGCGGCAAAUGCACUACUCUCAUAUCACAAGGACGGUCCUCCGGGGAAGCCUACCCAAUCGACCGCAGAGUCUCAUGUGAACCAGACCAGCAAAUCGCGGCUGUCACUCGAGAGUCUGGUCCACGAGACAAGUCAAGGACCGGUCGCAUAUAGAAACGAGAGUUGUACUUCCUCAUCAGCAAAACCCGAGCUAAGAGCCCCCAAAGCGUCGCAAAAGACAAGAGAUUUGGACCGUACCUCGUUUUCAGCGGUCCUGAAUACAGAGACAAGGAUCCCCGAGGUUGUUCAAACCUCUGGGCGCCCCAUGCCCAUUAUCAACCCCGCUGUUAAAGACAUCCAAGAAACCCGCGCAGAUUGUUUGGUUUUUAAACCCGGUGAAGUGGAGCAGUUCGCUGCAAGGCCUCAUCCUCAGCACCCCAACGACUUCACCAUUCCACAACAAGAACCCUGGAAACCUAGUUCGGCAAGGAUUUCAAAUUACAAACAGUUCCAGAGGCAAUAUAGAAAAUAUCAGUCAUCGCCGCUGGCAGUGACCUCGGUGGGUGACUUGGCGAGCGGACCAGCUUCAACCAAUCCGACCUCAUUUGAACCGUCCACCCAAUUCGCAGUUGAGAAAUCGAAACAAGUCUUCCCAGAGGUUUUGGAAAAUGGCAUAAUUGUCAGAUCAAGCCCAGUGCGACCGCUGCCGAUCAAUCAUCAUGGCCUUGGCGCAUCCUUUGAAAGAGUAAACACUCACAGACCUGCAUAUAAGGAUUGCGACGGCGACCGGCCAAUAUUCUCAAACAAACGCCCUCAGCAUACCUCCAACGAUAGUACGUACAGAGUUCAAGAUGAAAAAAUAGAUUCGUCGGCUUCAAGUAUGGCUGAAUUCGGGCAUUCGCAUGAUGCCAGAGCAAACCUGCACUCUCAGGCUUCAGUCGGCUACAGCGCUGGCGUCGGGCAGAGCCAGACAAAGGCCUUGCGCAAGCUAAACUCCUACCUCGAUCAUGAGCCAUGUCCCACAAAGUCCCAAUGGACUUCAGAGGUCGAGAAUCCACAAGUCACUCGCGCAUAUCCUGCCGAUCAACCACAGCUGUAUGGCAGGUCUCUGUCUUCAUUGGACAAUUCAUCUCGCGAGAUGUCGGCAGAUGAUUACAACACGGCGGAUGAGAGCCCUUCCGUCACUUCACGAUCAAGAGAUGAGAAUGACUUUCCCACGCUGUGUUUAAAACAUCCUGGAAUUGAAAAUCCUAGGCAUGACUUUAGUGCUUGUCUUUCACCAGCACGGAAGCAAUCACCAGCCGUGAUAUCUGGUACUUUGCCGAUGCAAACUAAGAACUCCGGCAACCAGCCGAAAUACUGCCCAGGUCGGCAUGUUUCUAAGAUAUUCCUUAUCUGUUGCGUUUGUGGGCAAUGGCAUGAUAAUCCUUCGCAAAUGUAUUCAGAGUACCUCUGCGGCAAGAAUCUUCCAACUCCAACAACUCCCGAAUGGUUUACAGAGGAAAGAGAAGCAGCUGUCAUCGAUAAGAAGAAUGAUCUUGCUAUGUCCAGAAGCGGGCAAUCGAGGCAAUCUACCAGCCAACCAUGUACCCGUAGCGCAGCCGACAGACCAAGUUUAACAUCUCAAUCGCUUCAUAGCUGCUGGUGCGGACACAAGAUGAACCAGGCAUGCUGCGAAGGAUGGAGUACUGUUGUCCAUUUACGCAAGAAAUGUCACUAAAUCACGAACCUUAUUGGCAAAUUCAAAUUGAUGCCUUCUUUCUGCAUUCUCGCGCCACGGAUAGCAUUGGUUCUUGUUUGCCAUCAGCGAGCCUUUGUGGCAUACUCUUAUAAAUUGUCUUUAGCUCUCAUAUCAAUUUGAAUGAUAGUCGGAAAGCCUUGUCUGUUCCUUCCUGAACAUACAAUGUAGCGAACCUUGACCUAAGAUCCCUCAACUCAUUUGCCUG